UUAUUUAUUUAUCUUAGGGAAUGGAGACGUAACUUAAAACCGAGAAGACCUGUUCAUAAGAAAGCCAAAGGAAUGAGGAAACCCUAGACUCUCCAACGUUGAUAUCCGGUCACUGGUAAAACCUAUUGCUUUCCAUCUUCAGAUUCAGGUUCGGAAAUGCAGAGAUCGUGUACAACGUUGGCUCGCUCUCUCAUAUCAACGCGAGGGUUUUGCACAUCAAACAGUGACAAGAUCGUCGCUUCUGUGCUCUUCGAGAGACUACCUGUCGUUGUCCCAAAAAUCGACCCAGUUGUCUACGCUUUUCAAGAAUUCUCAUUCCGGUGGGGACAGCAAUAUCGGCGGGUAUAUCCUGAUAAGUUCUUGCAUAAAUCUGAUGCUAGGGGUAACACCAAUUAUCAAAUGGAUUAUGUACCAGCUCCUCGGGUCACUGAAGCUGACAAAACUAAUGAUAGAAGGUCAUUAAAUAGAGCGCUUGACAGAAGACUUUAUCUCAUCAUAUAUGGUAAGGCAUAUGGGACUCUGGAUGGGAAGCCCGUCUGGCAUUUUCCGGAAAAAAUUUAUGAAUCUGAGGAGACGUUGCGCAAGUGUGCAGAGUCUGCAUUAAAAUCUGUCAUUGGAGAUCUUUCCCACACAUAUUUUGUCGGAAAUGCUCCAAUGGGCCAUAUGGUUAUACAGCCUACCGAGAAUGCACAGGAUGUUCCAUCUUUUAAGCGCUUCUUCUUUAAAUCUCAAGUGAUUGCAACCAACAAGGUUCCGAUUGGGAAGUGUGAGGAUUAUGUUUGGGUGACAAAGGAUGAACUGAUGGAGUAUUUCCCCGAGCAAGCUGAAUACCUUAACAAGAUGAUCAUCAGCUGAAGCCUCUAUCAUUUUUCAUCUUUAAUCUUCAAAUAAGAUUCCUUUAAGAACAUUAUUGUGGAUAAUAUGUAUCAGUUAAUGGAUCAGAAAACAUGUUUUUGUUUUUCAGGAAAUAGAAUCAAUUUUGCCUAUCAUACUAGAAAAUUAGAUAAUCACAGGAAGAGUAGGCUGCAGAAUGCCAACAAAGAUGCUGCGGGCAUGAAUAGAAUGAGGAUAUAAAAUGCGGAAAAAUCCUCUAGGCCUUGAUCCUUAAUUUUCUGUUUAGCUGGCUUGUCAAAGUAUAUCUGUCUGGUAGUUCUUAGAACAAUAUAUGUGAUGAUUAUUUGGGUUCCAUCUUUUUCCCCUUAUUUGUCUGGGGAAAAUGAGAUGAUAAUGAUUGAAUCAGUUGAGAGAAUGUGUUUGUAAA